AUGAUUCAUUUUCGAGACACAGUUUAUCAAAAUUCAGAUGGAAGAUACGAAGUAAGCUUACCAUGGAAAAAGGAUCAUGCUUUAUUACCGAAUAAUUAUGGGUUGUCUCUUAAAAGAUUAAAAUCUACUAACAAGAAAUUAGAAAAAACGGGAUAUGAAAAGAAAUACCAGCAAGUUUUUGAUGAAUGGAUAGAAGAAGAAGUGAUUGAGAAAGUUCCACAAGAAGAAUUGUCAAUUAAAGGUACACAUUACCUCCCACAUCGCCCAAUUAUUAAGGAAAAGUCAACGACAACUUCUUUGAAAAUCAGACCCGUCUUUGACGCUUCAGCCAAGAAUCCGAACUUCCCAUCACUAAAUGAUUGUUUAGAGACUGGAAUAAAUUUUAUUGAGACAAUACCAUCCAUUUUGGCUCGAUUUCGAUUGUAUGAAAUUGGUGUUAUUUCUGACAUUAGAAGAGCAUUUCUGCAAAUCUCUCUAAAUGAAAGAGAUAGGAAUUAUUUACGAUUUCUUUUGAUUGAUGAACAAAAUGAACUGAAGACUUAUAGACAUCGCCGAGUUGUUUUCGGUCUAACCAGUAGUCCUUUCUUAUUGAUGGCUGUCAUUCAUCAUCAUCUGUCCAAACAGACAUUCAAGAUACAAUAUUCUGAAGAACACGCUAUAUGGCAAGCCUUACAAGAGUUUAUUUCUUGCAAAUGUAAGCUUUCGACAGAUGGCGCUGGUAGAAAAGUUUUUGUGGAAAUUUUGUGGGAAGAAUGGAUGUCAUCCGCCAUUAUGGACGGAGAAAAACGUUCUAAAAACUUGAAAUUGCACGUUGAUUUAGUGGUUGUUCCAGUGCUCAAAAACUUUCAAAAUGUCAUGGAUUAA